AAUUUUCCUUCUCAUCAAUUAAUUGUGCACGAAAUACCAAUUCUGUCUCACAUAGUUCUAUAACACCACAAACUGUCCAAUUCCAAUGGUUGUUUUCUCUUGUGUUAAAACAAUGGUUGUGCUUGUCCUUGCGUUUCUAAUCUCUGUGCCUUCUAUGGUUGCUUCUGCUGUCAGCUUGUACCAAGAUGUUGAUGUCACGUGGGGAGAUGGCAGAGGUAAGAUUCUGAACAAUGGUCAGCUUCUUACUCUGUCUCUCGACAGAGCCUCUGGCUCUGGCUUUCAGUCCAAGAAUCAGUAUCUAUAUGGCAAAAUUGACAUGCAAAUCAAACUUGUCCCUGGAAAUUCCGCUGGCACGGUCACCGCUUUUUACUUACGUUCAGAAGGGUCAUCUUGGGAUGAGAUAGACUUUGAGUUCCUGGGAAAUCUGAGUGGUGAUCCUUACAUAGUUCAUACUAAUGUGUACACACAAGGCAAGGGUAAUAGGGAGCAACAAUUCUAUCUUUGGUUUGACCCAACUGCAGAUUUUCACACCUAUUCCUUUCUCUGGAAUCCUGCACAUGUUGUAUUCUAUGUUGAUGGAAGACCAAUUAGGGAGUUCCAGAACUUGGAGGGUGCGGGUAUUGAAUACCCAAAGAAACAGCCUAUGAGGUUAUAUUCAAGUCUAUGGAACGCUGAUGACUGGGCAACAAGAGGAGGGCUUGUGAAGACAGAUUGGAGUGAAGCACCAUUCACUGCUUCUUUCAGGAACUUCAGAGCCAAUGGUUGCGUUUGGUCCAAUGGGGUUUCUUCAUGCAACUCCAGCACCUCUUCUGAAAAAGCUUGGCUAUAUUCUCAACAGCUUGAUUCCACAAACCAGAAGAAGCUAAAAUGGGUGCAGAAGAAUUACAUGAUUUACGAUUAUUGCACAGACCUCAAACGAUUCCCUCAGGGUCUUCCUCUGGAAUGCACGGUUCGCACCAAGUCAUAAGAAAAAUAUAUGCAAACUGCUUUUGUAUUUGUAUAUGUCAAUAUGUUUGUGCAUUCCAUUUUCCCAUUAUACUGCAUCGCUUGUCAAUGUCAUUCUUUCUGCAAUUAUUUUGGAUUCAGCGGACGUCGUAAUGUAAUAAUUAAAUGUUUAUUAAAGUAAAAUAAAUAAAAAUGGGAUACUAUUUCUGAGCAAUAAAGUAAGACUUGCAACU